AUGCAAAUAUUUUUGAAACAUCUAGUAAAAGAACUUACACAACUUGAACGAAUUGGUCUUCAAUACACACCCAUUUCUUCAUCUAACUGUGUUGAUCAAACUAUUCGUGUAUUUGUCAUAGUAGCUACGUGUGAUAGGCCAGCCACAUCGUUAAUUAUUAAUCAUACAGAAGCUGGUGGUUACUAUGGCUGCAUUCAUUGUGAGAACAUAAAGAUUGGUGGUGAUAAUGCUCGAGUAUUCGUGCAGAAUGAUAAUGAUGAUUUUGAAUUACGAUCGAAUGAUACAUAUGAUGAAGCUGUUGCACUAUUACAACGAUCAUCAAGCGAGGAAAGACGUAAUUCUAUCACAUCCAUUAAUGACGGAUUAGACGGAUUGCGUGGUCCGUGCGAAUUACGCACAUUAAAAUAUUUUGACGUUUAUCAAUCUUUUUUAUCAGAUACUCUUCAUACACUUUAUGAAGGUGUAAUGGCUCGUAUGCUGCAUAUAUUUUUUGAUAGUGUUUCACGAAAAACUGGAAUUACUCCAGAAAUGAGUAUACGAGAUGCUACAGAUGCUGUAUCAGCAAUAGUUAAAUCAAUUUCAUAUCCAUCUACUACUGCAUUCGAUCAAGUCUUGGAUGAACAAAGAUAUGAUCACUUCCGUUGUUUAGCAUUUGCAGCUCACUUAAUUGAAUCAUCAAAAAUUGAUCUUGCUACACAUCAGGAUGUACGAAGUCUUUUAGAAGAAUUUAACAGAAAAUUUGAAUCUUUAUAUACGAAACAGCAAGCAAAGCCUGUUAUUCACGCAUUAAAUCAUUUUGCAGAUAGUAUUAGAAAUUAUGGACCAGCUUUUCGAUAUUCCACUUUUGAAUUUGAAGCUACAAUUGGUACACUCACUCGAUUAAUUCACAGUGGAAAUAGUCCAACAAUUGAAUUGCUAAGAAACUUGGAUCUCUUACAGCAAACGUGGCUAGCCACAUCUGAUUCAUCUUUACCAUCUGAACUGAAAAUAUUUGAUUAUCAAAUUAAUGCUAGUACGAGAUAUGCAAUUCCUUCAAGAUUGUCGCACCUAAAUCAACAUAUUACUCGAUUUCACAAAAAGGUUCAUCUAGGUUCACUAGCUCCUGAUGUUAAAAAAUUUGUGACUAAAUAUACUGGUGGACAAUCAUACAAUCUAUAUAAAACAGUAUUUGUUGAACAACAACGAUUCACAUCUGAUCGUAUUGAUAUUUUUCGAAGGACACAUGAUGGGUGUUUAAUGUACAAUAGAAAGAAUAUACCAGCAAUUGGUUUUUUGGAAACAAUUAUUUCUUUUGAUAAUGGUAAUGAACCAGUUCUUGUUAUUCGACCAGUCAGUUUACUUGCAACAGCAGACACCAUGUCAAUAAAUCAUCGAAUAUAUAAAUGUACUAACGUAUUAUAUGGAACAUAUCAUGGAACAACAUUAGAAGUUACUAGUUUAGAUUGUAUUAUUCAAAAGCUUGCUUUUCGACGUGGAAUUAAUGUCAAAUUUCCUCCUAUUCCUAAUUCUAUGUUUUUUUUCAGUAUCCCAAUCGAAGUGGAAGUACUUAGCAUUAAUAAAUUCAUAGCUGUUUGCCUUACUUGA